CGUAUAUCGAUUGCGGCAUAUAUUCCACGUCAAGCGCUUGCAGUCCGAAGAUUUUUUAUUUUAAUUUGUUUGAGUUGAGCGCAAUACAUUAAAAAUGGUGAGCUUGCUACAGGAAAUCGACACAGAACAUGAGGAUAUGGUUCACCAUGCGGCGCUUGACUUCUAUGGACAGCUACUGGCUACCUGUUCGUCAGACGGAAGCAUCCGAAUCUUCAACUCCCGUAAAAACAACAAGGUUCUCACUGAACUGAAGGGACACCAGGGUCCUGUGUGGCAAGUAGCAUGGGCACAUCCAAAGUUUGGCAGCAUCUUAGCAUCGUGCUCCUAUGAUCGCAAAGUAAUUAUUUGGAAGUCGACUACACCCAGAGAUUGGGCUAAACUAUAUGAGUACAGCAAUCAUGACUCCUCGGUCAAUUCCGUGGACUUUGCGCCUCCAGAAUAUGGUUUAGUGCUUGCUUGUGCCAGCUCGGAUGGUUCGAUUUCAGUGCUCACCUGCAACACGGAGUACGGUAGUUGGGAUGCCAAGAAGAUACCCAAUGCUCAUACAAUUGGAGUUAAUGCUAUUUCCUGGUGCCCGGCACAGGCACCCGAUCCAGCCUUUGAUCAGCGAGUCACUUCACGCAAUACCGCCGUAAAACGUUUGGUCAGCGGAGGGUGCGAUAAUCUCGUUAAGGUGUGGCGUGAAGAUAAUGAUCGCUGGGUUGAUGAGCACCAUCUCGAAGCACAUUCCGAUUGGGNAUAUUUUCAAUAA